CAACAAUGAAAUAAUUAGCGCCCGGCAACUCUGCUGUUAUCAUUAUGACCAUCGUACUCCCUGGCGAACGAGCACCAGCUCAACAUGUAAACCUGAAGCUGGGACCGGGCCUUCUACAAAAUAGCAAUGCAUCUACUUCCACUGGUCGAGCAGCACCGUCAAUAUUUGCUACUCGUGCAGGGACCCUCAAUCACUCUGCAAACGGUAGUAAAUGGUGGAUAGAAAGUAAUGCGAGGCGGUAUGUGCCUGCUGCGCAAGAAUCCGUAAUAGGCGUCGUGGUACAAAAGCAAGGCGAAGGAUUUCGCGUAGACAUUGGGACAGCCCAUUCUGCAAAUUUGGACGGGCUAGCUUUUGAAGGUGCUACCAAACGAAACAAGCCAAAUUUGAAGGUUGGGAGUUUGAUUUAUGGCCGAAUCUCGUUGGCCCAUAAAGAUAUGGAACCAGAGCUGGAAUGUUUUGACGCACAAUCACGAAAAUCAGAAGGUUUUGGAGAGUUGAAGGGAGGAUUUCUGGUGCGAUGCAGCUUGAGAUUGUGUCGACAACUACUGGAUCCCAAAUAUUUUUUACUGCCUUUAUUAGGUUCUCUCUUUCCUCUUGAGAUUGCGGUAGGGCUCAAUGGUCGAGUCUGGAUCAGCUCACAAGACGCGAAACGUACCAUUGCAAUAGCUCAAGCUAUCGAGGCAGCUGACCCCGAUGCACAAGGGAUGGAUGAAGAUGGUAUCAGAACUUUGCUCGAAGACCUAGGUCGCAAGUAAAUGUUUGAGUAAGUAAAGUCAGUAUCCGUCCAUAUCAUGCCCAUAUAUUUUGUGGAAAAUCGAGGUUCUGUUGAUCUUAAAAUCACACUAAUGGCCUAUAGCUAGUGGGUAUGUUACAUACUACAAUGUUAUAACAAACUUCAGACCUCAAAGUUGAGCUCCGACAUU